ACCAAUCUCUCCGUUGCGCAUGCGCUAAUUCAAGGUGAAUCGACCAUUGGAGGAAUGGUGGAGCUUCAGUCGUGUUAAUCCAAAUAUUUAACGAUUUCAGUCUUUAAAAGCGUCAGUUCGUGUAGUAAAAAUAUCACAUGACGUCUUUUUUUUUCGGUGUCCUAACGGUCAGUAAUUAACGCUGUCAGUUACCAGCUGGUUUGAACUUCAGAAAGUUAAGAAACGAAGUGGACACUGCAAGGAAACGGAGGCAGACAAAGAUGGCCCGUGUAAGUCGAGUGAUGUGCAGCAGAGCCAGACUGGUCACUUACCUCCCAGGUCUUCAUGUCUUGGUGCAUCGUGUGGCUGGAGCCAGAACCUUGUCUACUGCUGGAUCCCUGGCCUUUGAUGAACCCCACGUAGCCAUCACUACUUCUGACAUGGGACUGCAUACAGUGUGGUCUGAUAAGGGCAUUGGGCCUUUUGGACCUCAAGACCAGCGCUUCCAGCCACCUGGUAAUGUCGGUUUUGACUGCCACCUGGAAGGAGUAGCAGAGCAGAAGAAGAACUCUGCAUACACUGUGGUCCCUGAGGUGCUGUGUCCCCUGUCCAGCAGUGAGAGACGCGAGUUCAUCGCGACUCAGUUCACUGGAGACUUCUUUGAAAAAGAUGAUCCAGCCUCGUCUCUGAAUGUCAGUAGAGCUGAAGAGUACUUUAAAUCCAGUGUGGAGUGUGCCAUUCAGUCUUGCCCAGAACUACUAAAGAAAGAUAUCCAGUCCAUGUUUCCUGAGGCUCCAUCUUCUGAAAUGACGGUUGUCACAGUCACUCAAAAGACACAGAAUGAUAUGACAUCGUGGUGCUCUGAGGUGGAGCAGGAGAGAGAGCAGAUGCUUGACAAGUUUGUUGAUGGAGCGAAGGAGAUCUGCUACGCCCUGCAGAGAGAAGGAUUCUGGGCUGACUUUAUUGAACCGUCUUCAGGCUUGGCAUUCUUUGGCUCAUACACGAACAACACACUGUUUGAGACAGAUGACCGAUACCGUCAGCUGGGCUUUCAGAUUGAGGACCUCGGCUGCUGCAGAGCGAUCCGGCACUCCUUGUGGGGGACACAUAUUUUUGUGGGUGUAAUAUUUACCAAUGCAUUACCCAAUAGCCUUAUCAUGCAGAAGUUCCAGGGCAGCUAAACAAGCCCAAGAACACAGGGUUGCCAGUUGAACUGAACAUUUAACUAAAAAAUGCAUAUGGACUGUCUGUUAGAAUGAUAAAACUUUAGUCAAUAACAUCAUUACCACCAUCUUUUAGAGCAUCACAUUCUGUUUGUAUAAGUAAAAGUUGAUAUUGAUUGGGGAAUGGCAUGAGUACUUGGGCACUCAAUUGGACAUGAGAACUUCAGGAAUUCAGCAUAUAGAAUCACAUUUUUUUGAUUUUUUGAUCAAAAAACUAAUUCAUCAUAAAAUGUUAUUUUCCCUGUUUUGUGUUGAGGUAGGCUAACCUAAACACCUACUGACAUGUUUGAGUGAUAAGUUUGGACCCUGUUCUCAAUUGUAUUAUUAUUAUAAUUAUUAUUAUUAUUAUUUUAAAUGCAUUCAAGCAUUAAUUUUAGUGCAGUACUUGACUGGUCUAAAAUCUCAGAGAAGUACAUGUCAAUGAAAAUUAUUAAAAAAUGCUUGUCUCCAG